ACAGGGGAGACAGGGGAGACGCAGCUCUGCACAACUUGUGCCCCACAUGCGGAUUAUCUGUGACAUCUUCCCAGAUGUUGGCACAUCAGGACGCAGCGCUCGUCUUUUACGCACCAGCCUCGCUCAGCUGGUGUGAAGUUUUCUUUUAUGGCUAAAAAACGGAAAAGUUUGAGUUCCUGUUGGGAAUGGAUAUUUGCUUCCACGUGUCUGCAGCUUCAUAUUAAAACCCUGAUGUAGCCCAUCAGAAGAAAAAUGAGGAUGAAAUGAUUCCAUUUUCAUGUUCCAGACUCGUUGUGGUGUUUAAUGUGACCGGAUGGUACGGAUGAGGCGACGCUGACCAGGAGAAAGGGCGUUUGUAAAUGUCAGACAUCUCAAAUAUGACCAGAAGUGAGUAAAAGUCAUGGAGCUGUCCGGUCACAUCGUGACGACCGAGCCGGUGAACGCCACUAACGACAGUUUCGUCACAGCUUCCUCCGCCGCCGUGGAGGAGAGCGCAGAGAGUCUCGCCUUCCAGAUCAGCCUGGCGGUGCUUCUGUCCGUCAUCACGCUGGCCACCACUUUAUCCAACGCGUUCGUCAUUGCAACGAUCUCGCAGUCGAAGAAGCUGCAAACUCCUGCCAACUUCCUCAUCGCCUCCCUGGCCGUCACCGACCUGCUCGUGUCCAUCCUGGUGAUGCCCAUCUGCGUCCUGUACACCGUCAUCCACACCUGGACGCUGGGGCAAGUCGUGUGCGACAUCUGGCUCUCCUCGGACAUAACGUGCUGCACCGCCUCCAUCCUCCACCUGUGCGUAAUCGCCCUGGAUAGGUACUGGGCCAUCACGGACGCGGUGGACUACUCCAAAAAGCGCACUCCGGCACGCGCGGCCGGGAUGGUGGCCACGGCCUGGGUCAUCGCCAUCUCCAUCUCCCUGCCGCCGCUCUUCUGGAGGCAGGUGAAGGCGGAGGAGCUGACGAGCUGCGGCGUCAACACGGAUCAUAUUUUCUACACCAUCUACUCCACCUUCGGGGCUUUUUACAUCCCCACCUUGCUGCUCAUUGUCCUCUACGGGCGGAUCUACGUGGAGGCUCGGAAGCGCAUCCUGAAGCAGUCCCCCAAGAAGGUGGGGAAGAGACUCACCUCCGCGCACCUGGUCACCAACUCCCCCGGCUCCGUGACGUCCACGACCUCGCUGCAGUACGGGAGACACGACGGCCCCCCCCACGACAGCUGCUCCUCGGCCGGGGACAACCAGGUGAAGGUGACGGUGUCGGACGCGCUGCUGGAGAAGAAGCGGAUUUCUGCGGCCAGAGAGAGAAAAGCCACAAAAACUUUGGGGAUCAUCCUCGGCGCGUACAUCGUCUGCUGGCUGCCCUUCUUCAUUUACACGCUGGUGGUGGCCACAUGCGACACGUGUCUGAUCCCCGAGUUAUUCGACUUUUUCACCUGGCUGGGGUACCUGAACUCCCUCAUCAACCCCAUCAUAUACACCAUGUCCAAUGAGGACUUCAAGAAAGCUUUCCAAAAACUUGUGCGCUUCAGGUGCUGCAGGUGGUGAAAAACAGACGCUCCCUCAGUUUCCAGUAAAAGCUGCUGAUGCGUUUUAUUUUUGGAUAUAAAGCUAUGAAACAUGGAGCAGUAAGAAAACAAUAUUUUUGAGACUCUUAUAUAUAUAAAAAAAGAAGCUGUGCAUGCAAUGGAACAACAACCAAUUUCCAGGCGUCUGUGUGGAGAUUUGAAAUGUCAGGUUCAUAAAACAGAAACAGAAAAUGUGGAGUGAAAUCCCUUCACAUAAUGUCCUUGUAUUUAUUCUUGCAAGAAAGAAAACAUGAAGAAAUGUUCUCUCCAGCUGAUGGGCCACCCUGAGUGGAAAUCAAUAUUAAGCACAAAACAGACCUGGAAGGAUUGGACACUUUUUGGAGAGCUGUGGGUGGAGAUAGUAGAAAAAUAAACGCUGGAAUAAAAGCUGCUUUUAA